AUGUAAUCUGAAAUUAAUAAACCAUCCAUCAUUAUAAUUAUUGGGGAUUUUGACAUGGAUGGUUCAUAAAAUCAAUUAGAAGAUUAUAUUUAAAAUGAAAAAAAGCUAUUAGUUGAUUCGAUUAAUUCAAUUUAUAAAAAUUAUGAACCAAAUUUGAUUUUAGUUGAAAAGGGAGCUAACAAAAUUGCAUUGGAUGAGUGUCUCAAGAAAAAAAUAACUGUUUUGACAAAUGUUAAAAAGAAAGUACUUUAAAGAGUUAAAUUGUGUACAAAUGCUAAAUUUAUAAGCCUGUCUAUAUUAAAAUAAUGCAUUGAAAGAAAGGAAUAAAUAGUUGGUACAUGUGAGAAGGUUUUUUUUAAACAGUUUCCAAAAGUUAAUUCUGAAAAAGGGGAAAUAUAAAAGGAUUCAACCUUAUGUUUCUUGAAAAAUUCGUCAUGUUAAAAAUUUGCUACAAUUGCAAUAAGUGGCCCUUCAGAAGAAUUGUUAUCAAAACUAAAACAAUGUUUUAUCGGAUGUGCUAGACUUGGUAAACAUUAAGACUUGGAAUCUCACUUUAUCACUACUGAGUGUUCAAUGUUUAAAAACAACUUAUUAAAAACCAUAUCGAAUUAAGGUAAUUUCACAACAUUUUUAUUUGAAAAGAUUCCUUUAAAAGAAUUAUUCAAUAUAGAAUUAAAAUAUAUUAAGAUCAAUUAUGUUAUUGCUGAUGUUAACAAUUUUAACGACAUUAAAGACUUUUCUAGUUUAGAAGAAUAUAAAUCAAAGCAUCCAUCUUAAAGAGAUAAAUUAGAGGAGUUUUCAAUGGCUCGGAUGUGUAAUAAGCCAUAGGAGAAAAAGUCUGUGUAUUAUCAUGGGGAAGAUGUUUGUUUAGGCUAAUUUAUUAUCCUGAAAAUAGCUAAUAAGGACAAUAGAUGCGAAUUCUGUCACCUACCUAAAAUAGCUCAUGUUUCAUUUUAUUAUUGUGGAGAUAAAUAUAUUAAAAUAAGUGUUGAUUAAAAAAAUAGAAGUGGAAGAGUUAUAUCGACUAAUGAACCUCCUUAAUUAUCGAAUUAAGUUUCCUAAUAAUUUUCUUAGUUGUCAAAUGAAGAUGAAUAAAGAGAUAAUGUAUACACUGCAAAAGAUAUUACUAAAAUUGUUUAAUAAUCCCAUUCAAAUUAAAAGGGAGAAAAAAAGAAGAUAAGAAUAGAAACUUAUAUUUAAUGUAGCAAAUGCGAUUUAAGUUCGAAUAUUGUUAAAUUGUCUAGCCUAAAUUUAGACUUUUCCUUUUUUAGAUUUAUGUAAACGAUAUUGAUGACUCCACCAAACACAAAUGAUAAACAAAUAGGCUAAUAAAUUAAUUGUAAUCACCAAUUUCAGAGAAUAUUUACGUAUGAUGAGUCAAUGGUGAAGAUUUAAGUUGGGGAAGUGGAAGUAUUCAAUACAAUAAUAUAACGUACUUUAAGUUAAGAAUUACUUGAUAAUUUAAAAAAUUGGGAAGAAGAAUACAUUUAGACUUAAAAAAAAGAACUUUACUAAAGAUAUUUAAACAUUACGUUUUAGUUAACAUAAUUUAAGAAGACUUUGUCGAAAAAUGUUGAAGUAGAUGGUAUUGAACAAUAUUCUGAUGAAAAAUUUUGGUAGUAAAAGUUCUCAGGAAUAGAAUAAAUAUCUGAUUUACAAUAAUUUACUUAUACUUUGAGUAUUUAAUUACAAGAUAUUGGGGACUAAAUAAAAUCUGAAAUGAAAAAGUUUCUUAAUAAAAAUUCUAUAAUUAGAAGCUAAAAAGAGCUUGAUCAUCCAUCUCCUACAAAUAAAGGACACCUGUCUGGAUAAGACGACCUCAUUCAUUCUGAUAGUAUAGUUGGAGAUGACAUAGAGCAUUAAAGCGAUUAAUUUAGUGAGAUGAAAUCAUCAAUUGAUUGUAAAUCUAAGAAAAAUUCUUCUAACAAGACUCUUAAUUAUCAACAUUCUGUUAGGGAAUUAGACAGCAAUCAUUCAUUUAUUGCAGAUAAACAACAGAAUCCUUUAAGUAAUUUAUUAAAAGAAUGGCCUAUAUGUCUAUUUUAAGAAGAAUAGAAUAAGGUUGCAUAAAGUGAUAGAAAAAUUAUCCCAUUUGUAGCUAUUUUUGAAAGUCAACCAUUAUCUUCUUUAGCCUUUGCUUUAAAUCAUCCAAACUAUCUUAAGGCGAUCAAUUAUUAUGAAAGUAUGACUAUAAAAUUAAACUAGAUUUUUAAAAGGCUGAUUCAGAAUAAUAGAAGGUUGUACUAAGCAAACUGAUGUUAAUAAAAACUGGCUAAUAAUCAGGAAAAUGGGAUUAAGAGGAUCAUAGUCUCCCAAGAGAAUCAUUACCAACUACUACUGAUUCUAAUUUGAAUGCAUCUUAACAAUAAUCUAUUCCUUAAAAAAAAGAAAAAAAUUACAUAACAAUUACAUUAUAGUAUGAUAAAGUAAAGGGUAUGAAACCAUCAAUGAGCAGAGAUUAAUUUUUUGAUGAGGAAAAAUCAAUAUCUUCAUAAUAAUCAAUUAUCAGUGGUUCAGGAAAUUAGUAGUUUUCAAUAAAAAAAUCGAAAACUUAAGAAAUUUUGAUUUAUUUCCCAAUAUAAUUUGAAGCUUUAAGAGCAUCCUUUGGAAUCACAUUAAAUUUAUUUAUUAAAUCCCUCAGUGUAACAGGUUCAUGGAAUGCUAGCGGUGGGAAGUCUUCAUCUAAAUUCUUCAAAUCUGAUAAUGAAUUAUUUGUUGUAAAGAAAUUUGAUGAAGAAAAGGAGUUUAGAAUGUUCGAAUAAUUUGCAUUAGAUUAUUUUAGGUAAAUGCAUAGACAUUUUUAUGAAUCUCAAAAACCUUCAUUGCUUUGUAAAAUAUUUGGAAUGUAUGAGAUAAGAGACAAAGGCAAUCCCGAGUUUUAUUUAAUUAUGGAAAACCUCUAUUAUGGUAUAGGCAUUUAAAAAGAUUUACUGGUUUAUGAUUUAAAAGGAAGUGAAACAAAUAGAUGGGAGAAGAAAGUGAAUAAGGUGUUGCUUGAUACUAAUUUUAUUAUAGAUAGAAAUGCUGAGCCAAUUAUUCUGCAAAAUGAUUGCUACAUUUAUAAUGAUAAAGCAUUUUAAGUAUGAAUAUUUAUUAAAGUGAUAGAGUGAUUGUAAAUUUUUAUUAAGGAAGUCAAUCGUUGAUUAUUCACUUUUAUUAAUCAUCAACAACAAGCAAAAAAAAAUAAAGAUGGGCAUAAUCGAUUAUUUAAGAUUUUACACAUGGGAUAAAGAAACCGAGAGACUUUUAAAAUUUGUCCUCAAAGGUGGAAAAGUAAAAGCAUAAUAAUUUAUUUAAGGUCCCUACUAUAAUUAACCCUCAUGAUUACAAAUAGAGAUUUUUAACUGCAAUAGGGAGAUAUUUUAUACAUGUUUGA